UCGACUUUGGGACGUGUCUUUCAGUUUGUUGUUGAGGGUUCAGGAUGUCACUUCGUCUACCACAAGCUCCUAACGCUGGCCUGUUCAAGCAGGGGUACCAGACCUAUUCUAACGCGGACGGUGCCGUACAGAAGAACAUCCAGGCUUGUAGAGAGAUCACAAAGUUGGUCCUCACCUCUAUUGGACCAUGUGGAAGAAAUAAGAUCAUUGUGAACCAUUUGCAGAAGGUGUUCAUUACAAAUGAUGCUGCUACUAUGCUGCGUGAACUUGACGUUGUUCAUCCGGCUGUGAAGCUGCUUAUCAUGGCCUCACAGCAGCAGGAGAUGGAGAUGGGAGAUGGUACCAACUUGGUGCUCGUCCUUGCUGGUGAGUUCCUCAACGUUGCUGAGAAGUUGUUGACACUUGGGCUGAAGCCAACCGAGAUCAUCCAGGGAUAUCAAUUGGCUAGCAAGUUUGCGCUGGAAACUUUGGAGAAGCUGUCCGUGAGUUCCAGUACUGUUGAAACCAAACAGGACAUCCAGAAGGUGAUCAAACCUGUCAUUGGUUCCAAGCAGUAUGGCUCAGAAGACUUCAUCUCUGGUCUGGUUUCCGAAGCUAUCUUGAACGUUAUGCCAAAGAAUCCAAAGGCGUUUAACGUGGAUGGUGUCAGAGUGGUGAAGAUCAUGGGUGGUUCUCUCUAUAACAGUGAGGUUAUCAAAGGUAUGGUAUUCCCAAGAGAGCCUGAAGGCCAUUUGAAGAACUUGAAGGAACCUAGUAAAGUUGUCGUUUUUACUUGUCCAGUUGAUAUCUCACAGACCGAGACUAAAGGUACAGUCCUAUUGCACAACGCUAGUGAGAUGUUGGAUUUCUCUAAAGGCGAAGAGGCUCAAGUUGAUCAAAUAGUCAAAGAGAUUGCUGAUGCCGGUGUUAAAGUUGUUGUUGCUGGCUCCGGAGUUGGCGAGCUUGCGCAACAUUACUUGGAUCGUUAUGGGAUUUUGACUUUGAAAGUCCCAUCCAAGUUCGAUCUCAGAAGAGUUUGUAGAGUAUGUGGUGCCACCCCACUGCCACGUCUCGGUGCCCCAACACCAGAAGAAGUUGGUACCGUUGACAUUAUCGAAACAAAGGAAAUCGGUGGCGACAGAGUCACCAUCUUUAGACAAGAGAAUGAAGUUACCAGAACUUCAACGAUUGUUAUCAGGGGCGCAACAAAGAAUAAUUUGGAUGAUAUAGAAAGAGCUAUUGAUGAUGGUGUGGCUGCCAUCAAGGGACUCACACAGGACAACAGAUUGCUUCCAGGUGCAGGUGCUAUUGAAGCCGAAUUGGUGAACAGAAUCACCCAGUACGGUGAAAAGACUCCCGGGCUUCUUCAAUUAGCUAUCAAGCAAUACGCCAACGCCUUCGAGGUUAUACCUAGAGUGCUUGCGGAAACAGCAGGCUUGGACUCAGCUGAGGUCUUACCAAGGCUAUACGCUAAGCAUAGCACACCAGAGGGCCUCUCAUUCGGUGUAGAUAUCGACGGCGAAUCUUCCAAUGGUGUCAAAGACAUCACUGCCGAGGGUAUCUAUGACCUGCUCGCUUCAAAGAAGUUCGCUAUCGCUGCUGCUACAGAAGCUGCAAACACUGUCUUGUCUGUAGACCAAAUCAUCAUGGCAAAGAGAGCUGGUGGACCUCAAGUUCCAAAGCAACCAAGACCGGGCAAUUGGGAUCAAGCUGACUAGUUGGGAGGU